AUGAAGUUCUCCCAUUCUUUACAAUUCAACGCUGUACCUGAAUGGUCUUCAAAGUAUAUAGCUUAUACUACCUUAAAGAAACUUAUCUACUCAUUACAAAGAGAUCAAGUUCGAAAUGAAGAAAACGAUGAAGAAAACCGUUUACUUAAUAAUGAACAUCGUCACAUUAAGGAUCCAUCAACAGUCUUUAUAGCUGCUUUGGACGCUGAACUUUUGAAGAUAGAUGAUUUCUAUGAAUUCCAACAACAUAAUAUUUAUAAGAACAUUGAAGAAUUGGUGGAAGAGAUCGAAAACUUUGAGAACGAUUUGAAUAGAAAGAGUCAAGAUCUCAAUGAUUUCACUUUGAAUGAAGGCCCUAGCAAACAUCAUACCAAAGCUAUGAACAACUACGAUGGUACCACUGACCCAGAAACAGAAUUAACUCAAGAAGAAGACGAUGAUUUCAAUUUAAGGAAAUCUAAGUCGAUUGAAGAAUACUUAAAAUCUUCAAAAUCAUUGAAAUCACCAUUUUUAAUGAAUGAUGAAGAUGAAAUUCCUGCUCAGUUGAUGUUUUUAAAUGAAAAUAGAAUCAUUUUAAGAAAGAAAAUCAUUGAAAUGUUUACCAUUGUUUCAGAAUUGAAAUCUUUUGUUGAAUUAAAUCAAACUGGGUUCAAAAAAGCCUUGAAAAAAUUCGAUAAAUCUUUAAAUACUUCCAUUAAAGAUGAAUAUCUCAAUAAUUUAUCCACUAGAAGUUACAUCUUCAAAGAAUCUACCAUGAUAGAGUUGAAUAAUAAAAUCGAUUCUUUGAUUAAACUUUAUCAAUUGAUCUGUAAUCAUUCAAGUUUCGAAGUAGCGAAAUCGGAAUUAUCUGUCCAUUUAAGAGAACAUAUAGUUUGGGAAAGAAACACUGUAUGGAGAGAUAUGAUUGGUAUGGAAAGGAAAACUUAUGCUGCCAAAGAUGAAGGCAAUGGUGAUAUUAAGGAAAGUAAAAAAGAAGCAAAUGCUGGUUUGAGUAGAAUAAACUUAUCUUUCACUAAUCCUGUGAUUCUCAAGUUAUUAGCUAUUGCUUCAAUAACCAUCCUUUUAAUUAAUGUCAGUAUCUUUAAAGAUCCUGUCCAAGAAAGAUGUUUCGCCAUUUUAAUCUGUGCAUCUUUAUUAUGGGCUACUGAAACCAUUCCGUUAUUUGUCACUUCAUUAUUAAUCCCCUUAAUGAUCAUAGUAUUAAGAGUAUUAAAGAAUGAUGAUGGUUCAACCAAAGAUUCUUUCUUAUCAUCACAAUUCAUUUUAUCAACUAUGUGGAAUUCAGUUAUUCUCCUUUUGUUGGGAGGUUUUACUUUAGCUGCUGCAUUAUCCAAAUAUAACAUUGCUAAACUUCUUUCCAUAACCAUAUUAUCAAAGGUUGGUACUAAUCCUAGUACGGUGUUAUUGACUAUUAUGGGGAUUGCAUUAUUUUCAUCAAUGUGGAUUUCUAAUGUUGCGGCACCAGUUUUAUGUUUUUCAUUAAUUCAACCAUUAUUGAGAACUUUACCAAAAGAUUCAAGAUUCAAAAAUGCUUUGAUCUUAGGUAUUGCAUUAUCUUCAAAUGUUGGAGGUAUGGCAUCUCCCAUAGCUUCACCUCAAAAUAUGAUUGCUAUUGAAAGUAUGGAUCCUCAACCUUCUUGGGGUCAAUGGUUUGUUAUUUCUUUACCAGUUUGUUUUAUAUCGUUGAUUUUAAUCUGGGUGUUUUUGUUGAUUACUUUCAAUUGUAAUUCUAAGAAUACUAAAUUGGUAUCUAUUAGAACAUCCAAUGAAAAAUUCACUUUCAUUCAAUGGUAUAUCAUUUUCAUCUCAAUGAUGACCAUUGUGUUAUGGUGUUUGGCAUCAAAAAUGAAAUGGUUAUUUGGAGAAAUGGGAAUUAUAUCUUUAAUUCCAAUCAUCCUUUUCUUUGGUGGUGGUUUAUUGACUACGGAAGAUUUCAAUAAUUAUCCUUGGAAUAUUGUCAUUUUAGCUAUGGGAGGAACUGCCUUAGGUAAAGCCGUGUCAUCAUCAGGUUUAUUAUCAACUAUAGCUGUUCAAAUUCAACGUCAAGUAGAAAAUUUCUCCUUAUUUGGUAUCGUUAUAACUUUUGGGUUAUUAAUCUUGAUUAUGGCUACUUUUGUUUCUCAUACAGUUGCAGCUUUAAUUACUAUUCCGUUGAUUUCCGAAAUAGGUAAUAAAUUACCUGAACCUCACCCAAGAUUAUUAAUCAUGAUAACUGCUUUAUUAUGUUCUUCAGCCAUGGGUUUACCAACUUCAGGUUUCCCUAAUGUUACAGCUAUCUGUAUGACUGAUGAUUUCGGUAAACCUUAUUUAACUGUUAGUACUUUUAUCACCAGAGGUGUACCAGCAUCUUUCAUUGCUUAUUUCAUCAUCAUCACCAUUGGGUUUGCAAUAAUGAAGUUAAUCAACUUUUAG